AUGGAAAGCCCAUUGGCAAUGGCGACUGCGUUGCAGCAGAACGAUCCACUUGCACAAUUGAGGAUCGACACGUGGGAGAAGACGACUUUCCAGUAUUGA